GCCCAUAUUGAGGACGUGACCGAGGACGAGGCGGACGCCUGCACUUGGUUCACGCCCAUUCGCUCCGCAGGCGGUGCCUCCCUGUCUUUCCUUCCCCUACCACCAUGCCUUCAGGUCCUCUCAGCAUCUCAGCAUCCGGCAGGCUUUCAGCAUCCGACUACCAGCCUUUGACACCUCGCACGCCGCACUCUCGUUCAGGAUACGCAGAAGAUGCUAUCACGGACGCGGAUCUCGACGAGAACGCAGGGUCGUACGCUUCAUAUCGCCAACAGCAGUCUGAACCACUUCUCGCCUCGUCUGCAAGCCCGAGCUUUCCUGCAUCAGGCUAUCGGAGUAGAGGCGACGACGUGGACGCUACUGCCAAGCCAAUCAAGCGAUGGCAGAAACAGCUCUCGGGGAAGACCGUUCUCCACAACACGCCCCUCAUCGUUGGUACAAUUGUAGCCGGAAUUCUCCUGUCUUUGAUAGUGGUGUCGUUCAAGAAACCGGAAGCUCUGGAUCGCGUUGUCGGCUACAUGCCAAACUCGAUUCCGAGUAGCAAGCCGGUAGAAGAGGUAAUUGCUGCCGAGCCACCAUCUCCAUCUCCAGUAUACAUCGACACCAUGCCUCCACCUGGCCUCGCCCUCUCAUACGAGAACUACACGCAGUUCCCCCUCACGGGCGCACAAUACCGACAUGAAUGCGACAUCCUCAUGUCCGGCAAGUUCAUACACCACUCUUCGUACUGGGACCCACCGAAGGAAGGUAUCCUGGACGUCCCCCAUCACGACGACGUAACGGACUAUCAUGUCCCCGAGGGAGGGCUUACGAAGGUUUGCUCGAGAACAAUCACGUACCAGCUGGACGGUACCGUAGGGCUGGUCGCGGACCUGGCUUUGAUGGCGCAGGCCGCUGCUUUGGCACGAGAGCGCAACAGGACGUUCCUCGUCGAUGACACUUAUUGGAACCGUGGAAAAUGGACAGACCAUUUCCAACAUGUACGCGCCAGACAGCCAGGUCCGGAACCUGGUUGCAGAGCCCCGCCUCCGGAAGAACUUGUUGCUUGUCCCCGCUUUGCAAGACACUGGGUCGUGAGCGCUCGCACGGCCAAGUUCCACCUUGGCCACCCGUUCUCUGAGAACUAUGAAGACCCGUAUCAACGAGGAAUAAAGCGACAAAAACCUAUGUUUGAACACGCCCUGCAGUCCUUCCGAGAGACUAUCCGGCCGAACGCGCACAAUGCGCAGCUUAUCCAUUCUGCACGUGCCGAGCUCGCGUCUGUGCUGUCCCUGCCUCCCCACGAUCCAACGGCGCGUAAUGACGACAUGUCCCCGUCUCAGCAGCGGGACGCCGAGCCCGCGCUGCAGGCCCACAACCCCGACCCGUACAUCGCGGUGCACAUCCGACGCGGCGACCGCCACGCGAGCACCUUCCCGUACCGCGGACACUACGUUCCGCUCGAGAAGUUUGUCGAGGCGGCGCGCGGCGCGUGGACGCGCCUGUACGGCGACGACGCCGGAGAAAGCGCCGCGGCCUUCCCCGCGCCGCCGAUCGCGUACGUCGCGUCGGACUCCCAUGCGACUGCGCACGAGUUCGUGUCGGCGUUCCCGGCGUCGACGGCCGUCUUCUCGCUCGACUCGAGCACGGACCCUGCGCUGAGGGCGCUCGCGCCGCAGCACGAGUACGUGCAGGAGGAGUUCAAUAACAUGGAGGCCGAAGACAGGGUCCGGCUCACGCGGGGGAUGAUCGUGGACCUCGCGAUGCUCAGUGGGUUGUGGGCGUGGGAGGAUGAUGUCGUGCCAGGGGCGACGAUCUGCACGUUCAGCUCGAACAUCUGCAGGCUGUCUGCUGUAGGCCUCGGCUGGGACCGAGCCUUUGGCUUCGGCGGCGACGACGAUCCUCCGUAUAUCAACGACGCUGAGAAGCGGUGGAUCGACCUCGACAAUCGUGGUGUUGUCCUCCCGAGCUGGACGGCAUUUGAGGUCUUCUCUUGAACAGCGUUCCCACAGACAGUACCUGGAUUUCGUUGUUCACUUUGCUUUAUUCCGUGCUGUAGCCGCUCAUGGAACGGAUCACCCUAGUAUCAAACCCGCGAUAGCUACAGUCAAAUAUCGGUAAAGAGAAAUUAGCAAUGGGAUCAACAUUGUAUAUUGAAGCUUCGAAGUCGUGAUGCCGCCGGAGACACGUCGUCAGUGUGGCUUGCUCUCAGCACACUGCAUCACAUGCCGCCUUCGGCGAUAUACCUUCAGUUGCGCGGAGAGGUCGUUGGAAUGUCAACUAGUACUAGUGGAACUCAGACAUCCGUUUACGAGGCUGUGAGGCUGAUGUCAAUUCCUACAAAAUACAUAC